UGUUUAAUCUAGUUGUAUCUUCUCUAUAAUCCAUUCAUAGUAUCAACACUCAUUUGUUGUUAUAUAGGGAGUCGUAUGCCUAGUGCCCCCAUUGGUAUCCCCCGCCAGCUACUGAGGGGCCCACCACCACAGAGCCCAUACAACAGCCCCGGUCCACGACAAAGUCCACACGGCGGUCACUUUGGUCCCCACCCUGGCAGUCCGUACGGCCCGCCCCACACAGGAUCCUACCCUCCCCCUCACAACAGCCCAGGGGGUCCAAGACCACCACACCCACUGGGUCAUUCAGAUCCCAGAAGAGGUCGAGGCAGGGGAUUCUUCAGGGGACAUAACCGUGGAAACUACAGCAAUACUGACCACAGGGAGGGUUAUUCAGAAGGUCAUGACCCCAGCCGGUAUGAUCAAGGUCAUCACCCUGACAACCGUGAACACCGUUACCACGACAACCGGCGGGAACACGAUCGCCGCAGGUACUACCACUACAAUCCAGAGGAAGACAGGAAGAGAUCAGUGGAUGCAUACGCUGGAUUGAUGACUCAAAAAGAAAAAGACUGGAUUAUCAAAAUCCAGCUGAUCCAACUCCAAACAGAAAAUCCAUAUCUGGAUGACUUCUACUACACGACUUACUCUCUGAAGAAGAAAGCGGAGGAGCGGCUUAAGAGACAACAGAAUGGAGUGAUGGAUGACAAAGAUCAGGAACUAAACCUCAUCAUCCCCGCCAUGGCCAAACUAGAGACAAAGCCAUACAGACCAGCUCAGUUUGAGGGGUCCUUGGGUAGACUUACCACCUCCAGUGUUCACAAUCCAAGGCAGAUCAUUGACGUAAGAAGUGAAGGCAAACACCACACCGAGGACGGCGAACCAAAAAACGUCUCCAAAGAACUUAGACGAAGUCGACAGUUACUGAUGGAAAUAGAAAAUGGCUAUAAUUUACUGUUGGACGUGGAUGACAUAGAAAAGAAAAUAUUAGCUUUACCAGAUGAAGCAAGGAAGCCAUUAUUUGAAGACAGGAAGAACAUGUUGACAGAUCUGUAUAAAUACCUGUUGUCUCCGGGGAAUAACGAACACUUCUUAUCCAUUAUGUCAAUCCGCAAAGGGAGAAAACUAGUGGCCAGGGUCCUUCCACUCUUAGAAAAAACUCAGGCAGAAAAUCUGGUACAAUUACUGCUGAAAAACAUGGCCUAUCUGAUUAAGAAGGACCAAGGCGAAGAGGGUCUGAUGUGUUUGCAUGAUUCUGUUAUCCGAGUGAUUGACAACUGUGAUCUCCAAAACCUCGUCAACUUUGCCACGGAGCUUAAAGAGUCGGGACAAAACCAGUCCAAGACAGCUGCAGUAGCUAUACAAAACAAGUUUGGGAGCUCUCUGGUUUGUAGUCUGUUACACAGGGGGGAGGUUCUCCACGCCAACACAUCACCUCUGGACAUCGACAACCAGCUGGAAACUCUAUGGUGUCAGUUUGUUCAUGAAUUUGCUGGGAUCCUAGCUGUGGUUCCUACAGAAUCUCUGGUACACCCAAAACAGCAUCACGCCUCAAUCUUAGAACAUUUCGACCGUCUUCUCAACAAAAAACUCAUAGCGGUCAUUGAGGAUAAGGUCAAGCUGUUUACUGAACCAGAACGGGCCGCAUAAUGUCACGCUCUGAUGACUUUGUAAAUUCAACUGUGAUUAAUAACAAAAUUUGUGGUACCAAAUUAAAUAAGUAUCAAUCUGUGUGAACAAUCAUGCUGGUGCAUUUAACCAAGUCUAAUCUGAAGCAAUGUUUUUUGUGAAUAUGUGUUUGAAAUGUUUGAUCUAUAGACAUUCAAAUAGAAGGAAAGUACACAUGAAUAUGUUUCUUUUUUUGAAAUUUUGAGCUAAGAAGAAUACAAUAUUUGUUUUAUUAUUAUGAGAGUGAAUAUAACUUUCAAACUUCUUUCAAAGAUUACUGCCUGUAAAUCUUGAUUUAAGUUUUACAAAACUUUAAGAUGUUUGAAAUUUUUUAGAGUGCUGCAUAAGGACCAAAUUUGUUUCCCGAUUAAAAAAAACGGAGUUCCUGUAUCACAUGAGUACAAGCAUGCAGAUGGUUUGAUUAUUAUUUGAAAUGGGAGAGUUUAGGAACCUACUAGUUAGCUUCAUUUAUUUAUUUAAUGUUUUAUGUAAGAUUUAGAAUCAUAUGAUGAUCCACAUUUCCUCUGUUGUUUAUAACAGUUUGAUCAUGUAUUGAUUAUUUUUCCCAAAUUAAGUCAUCUAUCAAUUGUUGUAAUACAUAACAAUCAUGAUUUUCAUCUAUCACUGAGCAAAAUAUUUCUAAUACUAUAAACUAUGUUCAGGUUAGUGCUUGUUUUGAUUUCAUAUAUGUACAUUCAUGUGAGUACUAUUAAAUUUAAGUACUAUUUCAUUUCUUCUCAUGCAAAACAUUUAUUAAUUAGAAUAUGGUUGACUUUUUUAACCACGCAGAUAUGUUUUGAUCCUUUGCAUGUAUGGAUUGUAUCUAACCAGUCUGUUUAAUUAGUCAUGUAAUUUGUAAUGAAAUGGCUGUGAUAAGGGAACUAGUUUAAGCUGGUGGACCCAGAUUGAGUAAACAGUAACGAGAUAUAAAGUUUGUAACUGUGAAAUGCUGUAAAGUUGUGUAGGUACAGUUUAUCAUAUUGAGGUCUGUGGGGCGAUAUUUGUUAAGCCCAGGCGAUAUCAUACUAAGAUCUGUGGGGCGAUAUUUGUUAAGCCCAGGCGAUAUAUGUUUAGGCCUUAAAACACAGACAGUUAUCUAUCACUGAGUAUAGUGCUUUUGUUUCCACAUUUUUGAAUUUGUCAGUAAAGAUUUGCAGAAGAAA